ACAGAGGAAACGGGUAGGGCAGCAGUGUCUUGUGGAGCCUUUCUCUUUGUGCCAAUACAGAAGUGCUUUGUGGUAGGCCAUCUGGGCCGAGAGGAUUUCCUCACAAUUCAAAGUAUGACGUCUGUCGCAGCGCGCUGGGAUUUGCUGUGAAGCUCUGGAGGGAUUGCGAGGAAACGUUGACAAAUUUCGACUUUAGCAACGUGUGAAAUAGGUGCCAGGAUGGAAGCCAGCCUGCCUGACCUCACGCCUGCGGGCUUUUCCUCCACGCUCGGGAACAACCUAAGCAAUGAUGAUAGCGUUUCUGCGGCAAGUACCUCUGAUGUGCAGGAUCGUCUGUCCGCCCUGGAACUGCGAGUGCAGCAGCAGGAGGAUGAAAUCACUGUACUCAAAGCUGCCCUGGCCGAUGUGCUCAGACGUCUGGCCAUUUCCGAGGAUCAAGUGGCCACUGUCAGAAAAGCACCUCUGAGCAAAGGUCCAGCCAUGCUUCGUGAAGCUCAUUCUAUACCUUGUAUAACCAAUGGAGGUGCCCGAACCGGAAAACCAAGUCACACUGGAUUAAUUGCUAGAAAAGAUACACUGGCGUCAGCAGCCAAAAGUAGCACAGAGAAAAAGAAAGAGAAACCUCAAGGUGUCAAGGAGGAAUCAAAUGAUCAAAAUCCAUUAAACCAAGCAUCUCCUUCUCCCCAACCUUCCCCACAACCCACCCAAACACACAGGCAAAAUCUGGAAAGCAGAACCGCUGCAUCCACAAAAAGCAUAAAACGAAGCUCUACCCUAGAAAAAUCACACAACACGUGGGACAAUUCUGAUGACAGUCGAAACAGACUCAUGAGAGCGGCUUCCACGUCAAAGUUAACUUCAAAGACGAGCAAAGCCUCAGAGAAGCAUAAAGAUAUUGUCGUCAGUCCAGCCAAAAUGUCGACAAGAGAAAAAAACAGCCAAGAAGGAGAGUACAUUAAGAUGUUCAUGAGAGGUCGACCAAUCACAAUGUUCAUUCCUUCGGACGUGGAAAACUAUGAAGACAUAAGAUCAGAACUGUCACCGGAGAAAUUAAAACUGGAGUGGGUAUAUGGUUAUCGUGGUAGAGACUGUCGCGCUAAUGUUUACCUCCUCCCUACUGGAGAAAUUGUAUAUUUUAUAGCUUCUGUUGUCGUUCUGUUCAACUAUGAAGAAAGAACUCAACGGCAUUAUCUAGGUCACACAGAUUGUGUAAAAUGUAUUGCUCUUCAUCCAGACAAAAUCAGGAUCGCCACAGGACAGAUUGCUGGUGUGGACAAGGACGGAAGGCCUCUACAACCUCACGUCAGAGUCUGGGACUCUGUUAGUCUAUCCACGUUGCAAGUCAUUGGCCUGGGGACCUUUGAGCGUGGCGUUGGGUGCUUGGACUUCUCCAAAGCGGACUCCGGGAUACAUUUGGCUGUGAUCGAUGACUCCAAUGAACAUAUGCUAACAGUCUGGGACUGGCAAAAGAAGUCAAAAGUAGCAGAAAUAAAGACUACGAAUGAGGUGGUCCUCGCAGUAGAAUUCCAUCCAACAGAUGCCAACACGAUAGUCACCUGUGGGAAAUCUCACAUAUUCUUCUGGACCUGGAGUGGAAAUUCUCUGGCAAGAAAACAGGGAAUAUUUGGGAAAUACGAGAAACCAAAGUUUGUACAGUGCUUAGCCUUUUUAUCCAAUGGAGACGUGCUCGCUGGAGAUUCAGGUGGAGUCAUGUUAAUAUGGAGCAAGACUCCUGUCGAGUCGACAGCUGGUAAAGGAGUAAAAGGUGUUUACCAAAUUAGCAAACAAAUCAAAGCUCACGAUGGCAGCGUGUUCACACUGUGCCAGAUGAGGAACGGAAUGCUGCUGACAGGAGGAGGGAAAGACCGGAAGGUCAUACUGUGGGAUCAUAACCUUACCCCAGAGAGGGAGAUUGAGGUUCCGGAUCAGUAUGGCACCAUCCGAGCUGUAGCGGAGGGCAAAACCGACCAGUUCCUGAUUGGCACAUCCAGGAACUUUAUUCUCCGUGGUACCUUUAUUGAUGGAUUCCAGGUUGAAGUUCAGGGUCACACAGAUGAACUCUGGGGACUCGCAACGCACCCCUUUAAAGAUCUUCUCCUAACAUGUGCUCAAGACAAGCAGGUCUGUCUAUGGAAUUCAGUAGAUCAUACGCUGGAAUGGACCAGACUUCUAGAUGAACCUGGACACUGUGCAGACUUCCAUCCAAGUGGAAUAGUUGUAGCUAUUGGAACACAUUCUGGGAGAUGGUUCGUCCUGGAUGCAGAGACGAGGGAUCUGGUUUCCAUACACACAGAUGGUAAUGAGCAGCUCUCGGUGAUGCGAUACUCAGUCGAUGGGACCCUGCUUGCUGUGGGUUCACAUGAUAACUUCAUUUACCUCUACAAUGUCUCAGAGAAUGGGAGAAAAUAUAGCAGAUAUGGAAAGUGCACUGGACAUUCCAGUUACAUUACACACCUCGACUGGUCCCCAGAUAACAAGUACAUAAUGUCAAACUCAGGAGACUAUGAAAUAUUAUACUGGGACAUUCCAAGUGGUUGUAAAUUAAUUCGGAAUCGUUCAGACUGCAAAGACAUUGACUGGGCAACGUACACUUGUGUGCUAGGAUUUCAUGUAUUUGGUGUGUGGCCAGAAGGAUCAGACGGCACAGAUAUUAACGCAUUAGUAAGAUCUCACAACAGAAAGGUUAUUGCUCUCGCCGAUGACUUCUGUAAGGUCCAUCUAUUUCAGUAUCCGUGCUCCAAACCAAAGGCUCCAAGUCACAAGUACAGCGCCCAUAGCAGUCAUGUAACCAAUGUAAGCUUUACCCACAACGAUAACCACCUGAUUUCAACAGGAGGGAAGGACAUGAGCAUUAUUCAAUGGAGACUGAUAGAAAAGGUGUCUCUCUCUCAAAAUGACAACAUAGUCGAAAUCAAUGCAGCCAACACACCCACUGUAACCAAGAAGGUUGUGCAGGAAACUUCCCCUACCUCCGAGUCACAAGCCACCAAUGAGGAAGUCACAGCAGCGGUAGAGUCUCCUGUACCGAUAGAAGAUGCCGAAGAAGAGAAUACAGUAGACACAGGGUAUCAGAAUGAAGUGCAAAGCGAAGAGAGCAGUCAGGAACCUGUGACGGAAAACGGUCGAGAGGCCUCUAGUGAAAUAACCGAGGAGUCCGCCGAUUCCCCUACCCUAGAGGAAACCCAGGGAGAAGAUUCACCAGUGUCUUAACAGCGUGAUAGUUAACAGUACGUUUCUUUUUCUGUUCUUUGUUUUUGUACCUGGUGUGUGAGCUUUCGUUAUGGGAAGAGGGUUUAACUGGCAGGAGAAUAUUUGGCCGGAAUAUGACACCGUACUUGUGUGAUGUAGACUCCGGGAAACUGUACAUGAGCUCCAGAAAAAGUCAAAGCUGGAAGAUGGACAACAAAGUCAAAUAAAACCAACAAUGUAGUUGAUGAUAGACUUAAGAACUGAUGUCACAAAUGGUUUGUUGUACAUAUAUAUUUUUUUUCUUAUUUUAUUUUUUUAGGGUCAAACUGGGUUAAUAAAGUUUAAAAAUCUUGAAUAGAAAAACGCAAACGUGGUGAUUUACAGAAGACAUACUUACAAAUGAUACAGAAGCAUUUACUAGGUGACUCAAAGGCCAAAGGGUGAUCCACUGUGGAUUAUUUUUCAGGUAAAAAAUAAAAUCUCCGAACCUGCGCUCAGAGUGACUUUGGUCAACAUUAUGCAAUUUUCAUACAGUUUUCAAAAAAAAAACGUUUGCCAUACUGAGUUUGCCCUAAGUGCUGCUACCUACCUUUUUCAAGGACUGUUUUUAUUGCCUAACAACUAUAUUUAGCAGCCUAUUUAAUAAGAUCUGGCUUUAUUCUGACCAAUUUUUGGAAAUUAUUUUAAAUGUUUUUUUUUUUUUUGUGAACUUAAUUCACAUAUUGCAUGUCUAUUCACAAAUGUGAACAGAUAAAAAUUUGCAUUUGGGGGGUGGGUCGGGGGGGGGGGGCAAGUUGUGAUUGUUGUAGGAUUAUAAUUUAAUCACCCAUUAGUUAAAAAAAAAAUCACGGUCACUGAUAAUGGUGCUUGGCGGUUCUAAGUGAUUUUUUGUUUUUAUUAGAAUUAUAAUGAAAAUUAAGUUCAGAUUAGUUUAUAGUAGGAUUGUUUUUUCUUUAACAAAUGAAUGCGUUUCUCAUACAGCCAAAUCCCUUUAUGGGAAAUGUUUAAAAAAAAAUGCAUUUACUUAGUGAAUAUUUUAAAAAAACACACAAGACUAUUUUAUGUAACUUUGUUCAUAUUUUUAAUGAACAUUUUUUUUUUUUUUAUGCACAAGUCUUAAGUGUGCAAGAGUUUACAUCAUUGCGCCAUUCCAAAGUGCAUCUAGAAUGUCAUUCCCUUCCAGUAUCUUCUCAGGAGAAUUGCUACAGAUAAGGUUCAUAGAAGAUGACAGGGGCCGCCCAAAGGACAUCACAUACACAAACAUAUCUACAGUAAAGUUAUAUGGCAAAAUGUUUAUGUAUGUGUCUAUAGAUUAUAUUUGUCUCUCUUCAUAUAUGUAUGUGCAUACGCCAGAAUAUACACAUACAUUUAUCUAAAGAUUUACAUGGAUGUAUUCUCUUGUUUACAGUGGUCCUUAAAAAAAAUGUUUAAAAAAAUCCUCAGUCUUGAGGAAUAAAAUUAAAAAAACAAAAAAAAAAAAAACAGUCUCAUUCCAAACAAGAUGUGUAUUUAUUAUGUGAUGCCUAAUCCAUUUUUUAAUAUCUAGGCCUAAAAACUAUUUAAAAAUAAAUAAAUACAUUUUGCAGUUUUUUUUAGUUUCUUUUUUUUUCUUUCUCUUUUUCAAAAAUUUCAAAUGUUAUGUUAUGAUAAAAUGAUAAAUACGCAAUUGUUUGGGAGGGUAAAAUAAAAGUUGCUGUUACUACAAAGGAAGAAUUAGAACAGAGGCUUAUGACUUGACGAAUAUGCAAAAAGCCUCAUCCCGUAUGUAACGCCAACUACUGUCUAUUAAAAUAAAUAAAUAAAUAAGUGAUUUAUGGAUGGAAAGCGUUUUAACUAAUGUAACUAGAUGUUUCAGGUUCAAAAAUUGUGAAUGAAAUCUGAAUCCGCGUGUUUCAUGUGAAGAUGUUUGAGCCAUUUCUAUCUCAUGCAUUCCUGUCUCAUGACAGUAUUUUUUUCUCUUUUUGACAUUUAAGAGCAAAAUAAAAUCAUACCAUAUAUGUG